CUUUCUCAGCCCUCACUGUGUUUCAUACUUUGCUAAAAAACAAGCGCACUUCAAGGAGCAGCUUCUUAUUACACGAAGACGAGAAAAGGCUCGCCUGGCUUGACCACGGUAGAGUAGGCGGAAUUUCCGUGAACUUUGAUAAUUCCGAAAAGAUUAGCAGGACCCUGCAAUUAUUUGGUCGAGAUGGGUGCACUAUUCAACCUCCUUGAGCAGUACAGACUGGAGUCCUACUAUAACCAGUUUCUCCAGCUGGGUGUGAAAGAUGAAAGAGAUUUCCUGGAUGGGGUGACAGAUGAGGAUUUAAACAACAUGGGUUUGAGUCAUGUUGAAAAGAAUCGUUUUUCUACCAUGAGAAACUUCAUUCAAAAACUUGGGGCCCCACAGCGGCAGGUUCAAACAGUCACACCUGUGCAAAAGUCAACGGAGGCCUUUUGCUUGCAGUACACAUAUCCCAAAUGUCCCAACCCAAAGCUUAUUAAAGAUAUAGACCCAGCACAAAACACAGUUGAAGAUAUGAUGUUAAGGAUUUCCUACCUUGAAAAUAUUGGCAACACCAAAGGAGUCUGUCUCUACACAGUUGAUGGGAUGCCUCUGACAGACGAUUCCUUCUUCAACUCAUGGUCUUUGAAAGACAGGCACAUUGACAAUGGUACCACGAUCUGUGCCAUAUUUACACCAAAGGAAAAUCUGAUGCAUGAUUCUCAAAUUCCAAAGCAAGAGUCUGGUGAAACUUCUGGAGCUGAUCUCAUCCGAUGCCACAUUAUGCUCAAGGGUAAAUAUGAGCUGAUGGUGGACUUAGAAAGUGACACAAUAGCAACUCUUCAACUCAAGCUGUCAAAUGAAAGUGGAGUUCCAGCACAUGUCCUCCAUUACAAAGGUGAACACUCCGUUGGUGACACACUCCAAAAGUGUGGAAUUUCCGAAGGGUCAACGGUUUUCUUCACCUUGUCGUCCUUUUCUGAAGAGGCUCCAUACAACAACACCUUCUACAUCAAUGACGUCGUACCUUCAGUGCCACAAACCUUGAAAGGCAUCAGUGUGUUCUUGUCUUCAAUCUAUGCCAUUAGUGGACUUUCAAAGUUGACCCUGAAUAAACUGAUUGCCUACAUACGAAAGCUGACAGGAUGUAACCCCCUCACCCAAAGUUUGCAUCAGUUACUCUGCAGAAAUGAAACAAUAACCUGGAAUCAGAAGAUUGCUGUUGUGGAGGGCUUAUACAUGCUCUUCAGAGAGCUUUUGCCCCACCAAGGAUCCCAGCGAGGGGAAAAAUUCAUUGAGGACCAGAAUGUUUUUGACAACUCGCUGUAUUGCUGGGCACAUCUCAUUUACGAAUUAGAGAAACAGACAUCUGAGCAUGAGGACUAUGCUCCGAUCCCGCUUGUGUCUGAAAAUGGUGACCACCUCUGUGAACCAGUCAGAGUACCUGGAGUACCAACAGUCUUUGAACGAGCAGAUGUUCUUCAGAAAAUCAAAGUUGGAGAGAAAAUUCCAAAUUGCACUGAAGAUCCCUUGCGGGAAAUUUCUGUACAGAGAGCCACUGACAUUGAGAAAAUUCUCCUCAGCUUGCCUCGUUAUUUCAGCAAAUAUCCCCUGUGGAUUGAACACGGCAAGGUGUCCGCUCAGAAUUUUCAGAUCAACAUUGAGUGGACUUUUGGAAGUAUGGUGGAAGAACUCAAAUCUUGCCCUCAGCUCAAGGUGAUACCACCUCUGCGUCUGAAAGACCUGUGGGAAUCUGAGAGUCGCCUUAUUAUGCUCAGUGAAGACAACCUUGGCAUUUAUUUGUAUAAAGACAAAGGAGCUACUCAUAUGAUCAAAGUGCGGGAUUGUCUUGAUGGAGAGAUAAAAACUGUAGAUGUGAAUGUGCUGGCAGCCACAACUGGUGACCACAGAGAUGAUGAAACAUUUGUCACAACCAGGUCUCCAAAAGAGGCAAUACUGGUGUUGAUAGAUACCAGCUCCUCCAUGGAAGAAGAGUGUUACGGAUGUGCAGAAAUCAAGAAAAUUAAUGUUGUUAAAGAGCUCUUUGACAACUUUGCCACCAGAAGCAUGGCUUACGAUUUCCACCAUGUCAUUGGCCUUGUGAAGUUUGACUCUAUGGUGACACUCCUCCACACAUUCACUGAAAAUCUGGAAAAGUUCAAGGUGCACAUGCGUAACAUUGAGGCAAGUGGAUGUACUCUGUUGUACGAUGCACUACGACGAGGAGCACGUGAGCUUGAAAAGGUCAAGACAAGGUUCCCGGAGUGUAGACUCCGCAUCAUGUGUCUCACUGAUGGAGAGGACUCUGGAUCCUCAAUAGAGCCAGUUGCUGUUACAGCCAAACUGCUCAAAUCAAACAUCAUUGUGGACUCAAUCCUCCUUGGAAACGUAGAUAACAACAUGCUGCAUGGUAUCAGCAAUGCAACAGGGGGCUGCUGUUUCAAACCACAGACAGCUAAAGAAGGUCUGAAGCUCUUUGAGAUUGAGACGGUUCUGUCUUUGGAGCAGAGAAAAUUUAAGGAAAAACUUGACCCAUCUUCCAUCUCUGAGUGCACAUUAACUGGCACUUUUGCUACUCAUGGGUAUGAUGAGUAUCCGGAGACGUCCUUACCCAGCCAGAUAAACAGCAGAGUGACCAUGACAGAGUGUGCCCUGAAAAAGAAGAUUCUGGAGUCAAAGGAUGGGCGAUUCAUGGAAAAGGAUAAACGCAUCCUGGAGGAGCUGAAAAGCCUGCAUUGUGACCCUCAUCCCUUCAUUAGAGUAUUUCCAUCAGAGUCUGACUUUUCAUUCUGGAGAAUUCUCAUGCAGGGGCCUCCAGACACACCGUAUGAGAAAGGCGUGUUUGAGUUAUACUGCCAGUUUGAUCAUGACUACCCAGUGAAGCCUCCAAUCGUCCGUUUUGUCACUUAUGUGUAUCACUGCAAUGUCAACAGUGUGGGUCGCAUCUGCCACAACAUCUUUGACCGCAACUACAAUGCUCACAUAACCAUGAGAGAGGUCUUUGAUGCUGUGUAUGGGCUGCUCAUCAUCCCAGAGCCUGAAGAUCCACUGGACAGCAUCUUGGCUGAAGAAUUCUUGACAAGCCGUGAAACAUAUGAACGAGAAGCCAGGAAACACACAGACGAAUGUGCUGGGAAGUCUCUAGAUGACAUGGAGAAGACACUGACGGAUCUUGUGCCACAGUUCAUACCUCAGCAUCUGCUUUGUCCUCUCACCAAGAAGAUGUUUGUUGAUCCAGUAAAAACUGUGUAUGGCACAGUGUAUGAACGCAAAGCCAUUGAGGAACACCUCAAACAACAUCAGUAUGAUCCGAUGGCUGGACCCGGACACGAGCUUGAACUGAGCGACAUAAUAGCAGACCGGGACAUGAAGAAAAUGGUGAAGGAUCAUCGAUCUCGACAGAUUCAGUAAACGUGAAGACAAGUUCAUUUGAAAAUGCAAGCUUAGGAGGGUUUAUGAGAGUUGAAAAGUUGUUUUAAAACUCAGUUUGGAUAAAGCCUGUUUGACUUCAUUUAUUAUAUUAAUUUCACACCAACACAAAACAUUUUAAGACUCAUUACUUGUUUGGAAAGCUCUUAAAGUGCUUGUUUACUUUUAUUUAAUAAAGCCAAUUCAUAUUAUGUUUGUUGUGUAUAGGCUUAGACAGUGAUGAUAGUGGUAAACAUAGGAUACCUUGAAUACACACACACACACACACACACACACACACACACACACACACU